CCUAAAUCCUCACCCGAGCUCGACUAACUGCAACACGAUGAACAUUUUCACUGUUCAUACUACAACAGCUUCUUUACGUUGUCAGCCUCCUUGAUGGGUUUUAUUCGCGACCAAGUCUGUUUCCCGAUGACUGGCCCAUGCGUGCCUAAAAUUGAAAUCAGAACAUGUUGCGCCGUCCUUUACCCCCAAGAGGACCCUUGAACAAGUCCGCCCCGUUCAUCCUUUCUACCUUCUCAUCAGUAUCGGGCCGUCGCCACGCCUCGCAGCAAAUUAAGGUACAUGUUCCAGUCCCAGAGAAACUGAUGAAACUGGCAAAACCUGAGCGAGCGCCCGACUCGCUGGGUCAAUACUUUUCCGACCUCGAACGUGACCGGAGCCGCAAUUGGGUAUCUCGUCCUCCAGAAGGGUUUAACAAUGUGGCCAUAUCCGAUAAAGACCUCAAGCUUGAUGCGACUCGAGUUUAUCAAAUCUACUGUGCCUACCGUAAAGCCGAGCUUCAGAACGUAAAGAAUCGAUUGUCUAUCACUUGGAAGCGCCAGUUUGUUAAAGAUCAUCACAUUGCACUGUCAUUGCUGUACGAUAUUGCACUCCACAUGCUCCGGACGCCUAGAUCGCCGGCCGACGGGGGAGCUGAAGACUGGAACUACGCCACCCGUCUCAUGCAAACGGCAGCUGAACUUGGCCACCGGCCCGCCGUUCUUGAACUAGUCCGAAGGAUUAUCACGACUCGCUCAGACGCCGCGGCCCUGAGCCGAGAGUUCCCUGAGCUUUACACCAGUUUCCGUCGCAUUGUGGCUGAAGGCCGCGACCCCGAUGCCCAAACUCUGCAGGGCCUGCUCCAUGCGAAGCAGGGCGAUGAGACACGGGCGCUGGCGUGCCUGCAAAAAGCCAAGGAUCUCGGGGCAGGCAAACCCUUCUUCUUCAAACCACUUUGUCUUGCUCGGAUGGGUACGAUCCUGGAGAAGCAGGGCAAGCGGGAGCUGGCGGAAUCAGAAUACGCCGAACUAGCCCGGGAAAACGACGGGCUUGGAUUCUACCAUCUUGGCCUGCUCUAUAAGACCGACCCGAUCGCCAAGUGGCUCUUGCAAAAGGCGGCCUCCUCGGGAUUAUCACAGGCAAUGAGGGAACUGGGGAAGAUGGAGUUGGAGGAUUACAAGAAGGCGACGGAGGAUGGGGAUCAAGCCGCAGCACAAAGACAUAUUGCAGAUUCCCAGGAAUGGCACCGCUUGGCCAAAGUCUGGGGGUCUACGAGUCCUCCGACACAUGAGACAUAUUGAAAUAAUUAGAUGCGGCGUCAUAUGCAUUUGGCCGACAAGGCUUGUCACCUCACGCAUCAUCAUGUACGAAUUUAGGGUUAUUGCAACAGACAUCCAUACCAGAUCUCGUCCCAACUUUGCGGACAUGUGAGGUAUUCUGAUUCAAUACAACUUGUAUACCUACAUAUAUG